UUAUCAGUGAUUGGAAUCGUAGUCUCAUUUAAAGAUUUUAUCUACAUAUGUACUUAGAUUAUCAAGUAUUUUACAAUAUUAUAUUUUUUUAUAUAAUUGGAUAUACCUAUGCACGUAUACAAACGAUUUAUGCAUAUGGUAAUAAGUUAUUUUAUUCAAAUGGAACACAAUUUUUUAUCAAAGGAAUUGCUUAUCAGUCGCCAUUAGAAGCAGGAGAUCCUGAGCAUUAUAGAGAUCCAUUAGCAGAGCCAAAUGCAUGUGAACGAGAUCUACGAUAUUUUCUGGAUCUUGGGAUAAAUACAAUUAGAGUUUAUACAGUGAAUCCAAAGAAUAAUCAUGAAUAUUGCAUGAGACUUUUUGAAAAGAACGGGAUCUAUGUUCUUUUAGAUCUUUCAGAGCCAAGAAAUUCUAUUAUUAGUACAGAUCCAUCAUGGAAUGUAAAACUUUUUUGGAGAUAUAGUCAAGUGAUUGAUGCGAUGCACAAAUAUCCUAAUUUGCUGGGUUUUUUUGCAGGAAAUGAAGUUAUUCUUGAUACAGAAAAUACAUAUUCAGCAGCAUAUGUUAAAGCAGCUAUACGAGAUGUAAAAUCUUAUAUAAAAAGCAAAGGAUACCGAAAAAUUUUAGUAGGAUAUGCAGCAAAUGAUCAUGAACAUACGCGUAUUCCAUCAGCCAAUUAUUUUGCAUGCGGGGAUUCUGAAUCAGCAGCCGAUUUUUUUGGGAUCAAUAUUUACGAAUGGUGUGAACCUACAUCAUAUGAAACGUCUGGAUAUAGUGAUAGAGUCAAUGAUUUUCGUCAUUAUAAUAUUCCAAUAUUUUUUUCUGAGUAUGGUUGCAAUAUUGUAAAUGGAAAAAUAGGUGUUCGUACUUUCAAUCAAGUUCCACAUAUUUAUUCAGAAAAAAUGACACAAGUGUUUUCCGGGGGAAUUGUUUAUGAAUGGUUUCAGAAUGUAAAUAACUAUGGAUUAGUUAAUUUAAUGUCAGAUAAUACCGUUUCCCCACGCCAAGAUUACAUAAAUCUUAGAGAACAAAUUCGUCAUAUUAAUCCUAGACCUAUUCAACGUUCAAGAUAUACACCAAAAAAUGGUCCUCCAGAAUGUCCAGUUAUUGGUCAAUAUUGGUCUUCAUCAACAAAACUUCCUCCUAUACCUAAUUCAGAACUUUGUACAUGUGCAUCUAGAGCAUCUUCAUGUAUUGCUGUAAACGACAUCACAGAUACAGAAAUUGCAGAAAUUUUCUCAUAUAUUUGUGGAGAAAUUAAUUGUAAAGGUGUAUCAAAAGACAGCAAAGCAGGAGUUUAUGGUGCAUAUUCUGUUUGCGAGCCUAUAGAUCAACUCAAUAUUAUUCUUAAUUUAUAUUAUAAUAAACAUAAGCAAGAAAGUGCAUGUAACUUUAAAGGACUUGCGUAUGUAGUGACUUCUGAAUCUAGUAAAACAUGUUCUUCAUUAUUACGAAUUGUAGGAAUGGAUGGCUCUGGUAGUAUUACGGGCCCUCCUGUUGUAGCAGGUUUUGGUGAAGAAAGAGGUCCAAGAGAUCGUAAAGACAGUUCAGGAAAAACUAUAUAUCCAAAUUGGAAAUUAAUAUUUGAAAUUAUUACUUAUUUUUUUGGAAUCACUAUUUUUAUUGCAUAACAUUCGAUACAUAUAUAUUAUUCAAUAUUUUGGAUAUUUUGCAUUCAAAUAUUGACAAAUACUAAUCAAUUGCAGCAUUUUAAAAUGUUUUUAAAUAUUUUUAUGCAACAUAUUAUUUCUUAUAUUUAAUACAAUUACUAAACAAAGCUAAGUUUCAUAUUUUUUCAAACUAUAAAAUCAA